CACUCUCUCUCUCUCUCUCUCUCUCUUAUCUCUAUGUAUGCUUCCUCAAAUUGUUGUCACUUCACUGCUCAGAAAAACCGCAUUCGCAGCUUCAUCCAGUGCAUGUAUGAUGAGGAGGCUAUUCGACGAGAUUAUGUUCUGAGAGCAGUCACUGGCUUCUGUGUUUCUUGUGUUAGUUUGUUCUCUGCUCUCACGGAUCAAAUCUACCAGCAAAAGGUUGAUUUUCAGAAUGUUCAUGUUCUUGCUCGUGAACUAUAUGCAAGGACCACCGGAUAACACGUAACUUCGCUUUAAGUCACUGGUCUCUUUGCUGUUAAUUUCAAUGGAGAAGCAUGAACGGUAACACUGAUGCUAGCCACAACCUGGAAAAUCAAGAUUCAAAAUGUAGACAUGCUUUUUGAAGUGUUGCAUCGUCUGCCAUGGAGCUUUUCUUGAAGUUAACCAUUAUGGUUGCAAGUUUUAGUGAAGUUGGAGGAUGGUGUCCAGAAAGACUGUUUUGGAGAGGGUUAGUGAAUGAUAAGUUUAAUGACAUGGUGUAUCUGAGAAACAAUACGGAACCGGAUAGUGUUGUGCGGCUAAUAGAAACUUAUUUUGCAGAUGUUGGCAUGAUCCUUUCUGAGCUUUCUCUUCAUGUUGAUACUUUAAAAGUUGACUUCGCUAAGUUGGCUUCCCUAGCUCGUGAAAUAGAGGAUAAAAGCACAAGCAUUGGUGCAGAGCAUAUGAGGCUUGCAUGUUCCGAUCUCAUUAAAGCUUGUGAUGCGGAGCACAAAAAAAAUUUUUCUCGAACCCUGCCCUGGGUAAAAAAUGAGUUUACGAAUACCAGGAAAAAGUUGGACGCCGUUGUUCAGAUGGAGCGAAGGAUUAUCAGAGUUUGGAGUUCACAAUCAUCAAACUAGAGUUCAUAUGCUGUUGAAUUCUGCUUUUAAAAAAUGUGUUGUGUUGAACUUAUGGGUUGUUGCUGAAUCAUGUGUCUCGUUUGCCUAAUCUCCAAAAAAGAUGCUCUCUUAGAAACAUGAUUGUUUUGCCCUUUUUCUUUUGCUUUUGCCAACUUUUCCAUUUGAUAAUAGUUCUCCUUUGUUCGACUUUCUGAUGAUAAUUUACUUGAUG